UUACUUAUGAAUUUUCUUAGAUAAGAAACGGUUGAACUGGAUUCAAUUUUUAUCACAGCCCGUGAAAAACUUCCUCUGUACCCCGUCUCACAUGCCAUUGGUUAACCAGCAGACAGUGUGUCCAGGGGCGUUGCCAGCUCAUUGUUCUAAUAGCCUGUGAGGGAGGGAAGGAGGAAGGAAGAAACAUUUGCCAGCCAGGCCAGUGACAGAAAUGGAUUCGAAACAUCGGUGUAUGAAGCUGAAUGAUGGUCACUUCAUGCCUGUCCUGGGAUUUGGCACCUAUGCACCUGCUGAGGUUCCUAAAAAUAAAGCUGUAGAGGCCACCAAAUGGGCAAUAGAAGCUGGAUUCCGCCACAUUGAUUCUGCACAUUGUUACAAUAAUGAAGAGCAUGUUGGACUGGCCAUCCGAAACAAGAUUGCAGAUGGCAGUGUGAAGAGAGAUGACAUAUUCUACACUUCAAAGCUUUGGUGCACUUCCCAUCGACCAGAGUUGGUCCGACCAGCCUUGGAAAGGUCACUGAGAAAUCUUCAACUGGACUAUGUCGACCUCUAUCUUAUUCAUUUUCCAGUGUCUCUAAAGCCAGCGGAGGAGCUGAUCCCAAAAGAUGAAAAUGGAAAAAUACUAUUUGACACAGUGGAUCUCUGUGCCACGUGGGAGGCCAUGGAGAAGUGUAAGGACGCAGGAUUGGCCAAGUCCAUCGGGGUGUCCAACUUCAACCGCAGGCAGCUGGAGAUGAUCCUCAACAAGCCAGGGCUCAAGUACAAGCCUGUCUGCAACCAGGUGGAAUGUCAUCCUUACCUCAACCAGAGCAAACUGCUGGAUUUCUGCAAGUCAAAAGACAUUGUUCUGGUUGCCUAUAGUGCUCUGGGGUCCCACCGAGAAAAAGCAUGGGUGGAUCAGAACUCCCCGGUUCUCUUGGAUGACCCAGUUCUAUGUGCCUUGGCAAAAAAGCACAAGCGAACCCCAGCCCUGAUUGCCCUGCGCUACCACCUGCAGCGUGGGGCUGUGGUCCUGGCCAAGAGCUACAAUGAGCAGCGGAUCAGAGAGAACAUGCAGGUAUUUGAAUUCCAGUUGACUUCAGAGGACAUGAAAACCAUAGAUGGCCUAAACAAAAAUAUUCGGUAUUUGAACCUUCGUGUUCUUGCUGACCACCCUAAUUAUCCAUUCUCUGAUGAAUAUUAACAUAGAGGGUGUUUUAUGAGGUCUACCAGAAGGCCCUACAUGUGGAUGGUGACACAGAGGCUGUCUCUAUGCUGGUGACUGGACACAUUGCCUCUGGUUCAAUCCCUCCUGCUUGGCAACUUCAGCACGCUAUAGCAAAGCCCAAUGACAGAAAAUAAACACAAUAAAUUUUAUUUUUCAUUUUGAAAAAGUUAAAUGCUUUCUCCUAAAGAUUCUUCACCUACUUUGAUCUCCAGAACUUGUAUGCUUUCUUUCCUUCCAACACAUUAGUGCCUCCAAAUUGUGAUAUUCCUUUAAGUUGAGGACUGGGGGUAGAAGGUGAUAACAACCAUUUAAGACUCAUUUCGGCGGUGGGAGUGGGAAAUUCAUUCCUUUCUGGGAAAGGGGCAAGUGACAGGUGGUUAUCAGUCAGUACCUCUCUAGCUGUUGUAGAAAGAAGCACAGGCAGCAUGGACUCUGGAGGGUGAGCGAUAUCGACAGGGUGAUUGGCAAUCCAUGGGCUCCCUCUAGCAGCGUGAGGGUUAGAGCUUCUGGAGCCUUGGGAGGAGGCAUCCCUGUGGGAGGGGUGGUUAUGGAGAUGGGAGGGCACCCAUCAGGAAAAGUGAUUACGAGUCAGGUAUGGGGAGGUUUCAUAGGAUAGGGUCGAGCACACCUCCACCUGGAAAAAUACAUCAGCACUCUUUUAUUUGAUAAUAUGUCUUGUUCAUAAAAGGAAACUUUCCACAAUGUUUCAACAAACCCCACAGAUGAGGGACAGGCCUGGACCUUCAAUGUGUGCCAGUUACAGCAUUAACCCUGUGGGUCUGUGGUGGGGCAGGACAUCAAAGACGUCAUUGACUGAUCACAUUCCCCUGAAUAUCUUAUAUUAAAAAAUAUUCUUAGAUUCUAAAAAUAUGCUAUUAAUUUGUUAUAUUCAAUCUUUUAAAUGUUUUAUACAUUAAAUAAGGCAUAGUUACAAGCACAAAACACAAAAUAUCCCAAAGCCAUGAUGUGUUACUCUCAAGAUUUAAAUGGGAAAUAAUAUAUCUAACAAACAAAUGUUCCAAGUCUUCAAAAA